ACUACAUCGUACCGCACUUAUUCUGAGUAGUUACAUAUUCUAAUAAUAUUUUAUUCAUUUUGUAUUCCAAAUUUAAAAAUGGACUUCGGAAAAGUUUUGUUUUUCGUGUUCGCUUGUUUCAUGGUAGUAUCCAUGGUAGCUGGUGCGCCGGAGCCACGAUGGAAAGGAUGGAAAAAAAUUGAGAAAAUUGGACAACAUAUUCGCGAUGGCAUAAUAAAAGCUGGUCCAGCUGUGGCCGUGGUUGGACAAACACAAGGAAUUAUAAAGGGUCGUUAAGUUUUAAUUAAUUGCAAUUGAUUUAAAAAAUGUAAAAAUUUAAAGAAUUUUAUGAUUUAGGUUCCUGUUUUGAAGUUUUGUGUAGACGUUUUUAAUAUUAUAUGUGCAUCUAAUAUUGGCAAUAAACAUACCUAUUAUAAAUAAUCGUU